CCACGGCAGGUCACAGUCUGAUUUUCAUCGCAGGACAAGUCGGUCGAAUUUUCCGCAAACACCUAGCGCGAGUGCGUCCGUGCGUGUGUGUGUGUGUGUGCCCGUGUGCACGUCACGACCCCGGGAGGUCCAAGAGUGCCAGGAGUUUCCGAAAGAGGCCGUUUUUGACUGGCUACUUGGAUAUUUCAAACGAGGAAAACUGUUCAAAGCCCAGUGCCCCUCUGCCGUCGAGCGCACCGUGGUCGCUCUCCAUGAACCUGGGGGUGGGAUCCUCCUGGCAGGAUCUGGGUCGUCCUCGUCCUCAACGCAGCCUCGGUCAUCGUUCGGCACCCGGUUCCGUCGGUUGGCCAGAACGUUCCGCCGUUGCUGAGGAGGCUCCAGCGUGGUGAAGGCGCACAUGUGCGGGCUACGCUUCAGAACAAGAAACUCUCCGUCUCAGAAGACAUCCCUACGUUGGGGGGACAGCUGCUACUCCUAAACGACUACGAUUACGACUACCACCCAACAGCAGCAGUAGUAGUAACCAGCACACUAACAAAACAGCAUUACUACACCACUACCAGUGCAGCAGCAAAAUCCCACCAUUUUUCAUUCCACAUCGAAGUGAACAAUAGAGGAAAAAGAAAACACUUGCGCGAAUACGUAACUCAGUUACAGAAAACGAGUGUAACAGUGUGAGAGAAGAAGAGAUUUCAUUAGCAAGAAGAAUAAAAGAAAAGAAAAAAUGACCGUUACCAGCGACCACGUGGUGACCGUUUUAAUUUUAAGUGUAACGUUUUAAGAAGUAAAAUAUCUGUGAUGUGUUUAAAAGUCUACAAAUCAAUGUCCUAAGAUUUCAAAGGAGAGAAAAAAGAAAACAAGUCAAACAACAUAAGUUUAUCGAGUGUGCGAAAGUGCUGCAAGUUAGCGAAUCAGAAAAGAAGAAGAAUAAGAAGAAUCCAUUGUGCAUUCUCAUACCCACACAAUCGAGGAUCCUUGUGCGUGAGUGUGUGCGUCAGUUUUCGAAGCAUUGCUCCAUUUCCGACAAAAAAAAACAAAACUACGAAUUCACCUCCAUUUCUCACAUACUUGCCCCAGGGGCUGGCCCCUUUUCCACUCCCAUUUUCCACAUUUCCCUCAGCACAAUAAACGAAACAAUAAAGCCAAUGAGUCGUACGGUGUGUUGUGCGUAGAAUAGAGUGUAUCGUCGCAUAAAGUCCGGUGACAAAUCUCGCGUCGUAAAACAAAAACCCAUCCUCAUUAUCUCACCCCAUCCUCGUCGUCGUCGUGUGAAAUAUCAAGCUUUCAGCUUAUUUUACGAGCACCGUACAAAACGUUACAAAGUUUGCACAAACGAUCCCCGCGAAAAGAGGAGAGCACCUGAACCAAACUAACUACUGCUGAUCAUCAUCACAGCAAAAUGAUCAACAUCGCCGGUGUCAUCAGCAUCGUGCUGUUCUACGUGCUGAUUUUGGCCGUCGGCAUCUGGGCGGGCCGGAAGAAGGAGGCCGGAAAUGACUCCGAGGAGGAGGUCAUGCUGGCGGGCCGAUCGAUCGGGCUGUUUGUCGGCAUCUUCACGAUGACAGCUACGUGGGUUGGCGGUGGCUACAUCAACGGAACGGCGGAAGCAAUCUACACAUCCGGGCUGGUCUGGUGUCAGGCACCGUUCGGAUAUGCGCUCAGCUUGGUGUUUGGCGGAAUCUUCUUCGCGAAUCCGAUGCGCAAACAGGGUUACAUCACCAUGCUGGACCCGCUGCAGGACAGCUUUGGGGAGCGCAUGGGUGGACUGCUGUUCCUGCCGGCCCUGUGCGGGGAGGUGUUCUGGGCCGCCGGUAUCCUGGCCGCGCUCGGCGCCACCCUGUCCGUCAUCAUCGACAUGGAGCAGGAAACGUCGGUGAUCCUGUCGGCGUGCAUCGCCGUGUUUUACACCCUCUUCGGAGGGUUGUACUCGGUGGCGUACACCGACGUCAUCCAGCUGUUCUGCAUCUUUAUCGGGCUGUGGAUGUGCAUCCCGUUCGCGUGGACCAACGACCACGUGAAAAGUCUGUCGUCGAUGGACGUCGACUGGAUCGGCGAAAUUGGCGAGGGCUACCACUGGUAUUACCUCGACUACGGUCUGCUGCUGAUUUUCGGUGGAAUUCCGUGGCAGGUGUACUUCCAACGAGUACUGUCCAGCAAGACCGCUGGCCGGGCCCAGGUCCUGUCGUACGUGGCCGCAUUCGGCUGCAUCCUGAUGGCAAUCCCUCCGGUUAUGAUCGGAGCAAUCGCGAAGGCAACUGCCUGGAACGAAACCGACUAUAAAGGUCCGUGGCCACUGACCACGCAGGAAACCAGCAUGAUUCUGCCGAUGGUGCUGCAGUAUCUGACGCCGGACUUUGUGUCGUUCUUUGGGCUGGGUGCGGUUUCAGCCGCAGUCAUGAGCUCGGCCGAUUCGUCCGUGCUGUCGGCAUCGUCCAUGUUUGCCCGGAACGUGUACCGGUUGAUCUUCCGGCAGCGCGCCUCCGAGAUGGAGAUCAUCUGGGUGAUGCGGGUGUCGAUUCUGGUGGUGGGAAUCCUGUCGACGAUUAUGGCCCUCACAAUACCAUCGAUCUACGGGCUGUGGUCCAUGUGUUCCGAUUUGGUGUACUGCAUUUUAUUCCCACAGCUCCUGAUGGUGGUCCACUUCAAGAAGCACUGCAACACCUACGGCAGCCUGUCGGCGUACAUAAUCGCCUUCAUGGUGCGGCUGUCCGGCGGGGAGGCCAUGCUCGGGCUGCCGGCCCUCAUCCACUAUCCGGGCUACGUCGAGGAAACCGCAACGCAGAUGUUCCCGUUCCGGACGAUGGCCAUGAUCAUGAGUUUGGUCACGCUGGUCGGGGUGUCCUGGUGGACCAAAUGGGUCUUUGAAACGGGACGGUUGGCGCCUAAUUACGACUACUUCCGCUGCGUUGUCAACAUUCCGGAGGAGCUGCACCGCGUUGGAGAACCGUCGGACUCGGGUGAACAGCUCUCGGUGAUGGCCGGUGGCGGCAUGACGCGGAUGUACGGCGCGGCCGCCUCCUCGACGAUGGUCGGCAAGGACGAGCGCAACGGGCGCAUCAAUCCGGCCCUGGAACCGGACGACGAUCUGCCGGUGGUGGAGGCGAAGCGCCAGAUGCAGCAGCACCACCAGCGGCUCCAGGACGAAGCCUUUGGGGCACUUUCGCCGGUCGUGGGCGGAACGGGCGGUGGUGGCGCGUCCAGCGGGGUUCUUCCCGGGGGCGGAUCGCAGGGCCACACGGCGUUCUGAAAUCGGGGGAACGCGGCGGCCGAUGGUGGCGAGUGGUAACUACAUGAAGAGUAUUAUUGACACGCAAAAGUCACACACACACACUCAUACUCACAUAAAGGCUACCGAUCUUACUUUAUUUGCACCGGAAGUGGAAGCGGAAGAGUGUGUGGUCGGAACGGGUUUCCGGAGGAAAACGAUACAUAUCAAAGCGUAUAUUAUAAAGUAUAAAACAGCUUUAGUGUUUAGUUUGGACUAAGAAGCAACAAAAACAUAUCAAACUAGAUUUUAAACCAAAAAGAAGGGAAAGAUUAAAGGGAAAACAUAUCACAUAAACUUACGCAGAAACGCAGCAAUUUUAGAGUAGAGAUAUUUUAUUAGUUGGUUUUUAAACUUACAAGCAAGGAAUGGGAUCGGGAUGGGAGAGGGGUUAAAACUAAGUUUGUUAAGUUGUUCAUCUUCUAAGCUACUCAAUUCAAAGUGUUUCUUUCAAACUGCAGGAAAAUCAAUAACCAAUUGUACAAAUUUAUCGUUUAACGAAGAGUUUAUUAAAAAAGCAUUUGUUUUAUACACAGCAUUAUUACUUUUAAGCACGUUAAAGCAAAAAGUUUCCCAGUUAUCGGAGUGUUUAUCGAGAGAGAGGUUGUUGCCAGUUAUGGUUCCCAACAGGCUAGGAGAAGAGUUUAUUUCCAUGUUUUGCGCAGAAGCUUUAAAAAAUGACAAAACUGUUGUGAACAAGAAUGAAAUAUGCAUAUAUCUCAAAAUCAGUCAAAGGUGCUAGAAACUAAAGAAAAAAAAUAAAAACAUCCGUUUAAAGGGAAGGUGGAGAAGAACACUGUUGUCGAGUUGAGUUUUUGAUUAUGAACUUUGUGUUGUACUUUCCUGUUGCGUUAAACUUUUCUGUUGCUGUAAUCGAAAUUUUAGAAUAAAGAGCAGAAAAACAGAUGGGUGUAUCGCUUGUAUGGAUAAAAGAGUUGAGCAAAUAGAACUGACUAUGUAACAAGUAUCCAUUUAAAGCAAAACAUUUGGGGUAGCCAUUUAAUUGUAUAGUGAUGAGGGGUAUACUCCACACAACAUGUAGGUGUUAUAUAUUAAAGCAAAACUGAACAUUAUUAAAACGAAACAGUGGCAAUUACUACGAUUAAUAUGAAUCAGAACCAGAGACGGAACUAAGUGAAACCUAAUACAUAUCAAUGGUGUCCUUCCAGAAGAAAAACAUGAAAAUUAAACAAUUUGUCAUCAUUAAUGUUUUACUAACGCACGUAACUGUCAAAACUUGUUCAACAAAUGACCAUUGCCUUUAUUGUUUUAGUGUUUUCUGGUAAAAUGUUUAGAGUUUCUGUCGUGUAAACCAGUUUCUAAAUUUACUUACAUUUGAAUGCAUAGCUAAUUGAUCUAUUUUUUUUGUUAUAUAAUUGUUAACUCAAAUUUAGUCAGUGGUCCGCACUUUAUAAUUAAUAUUAAUUUAGAUUAUUUUAAAACAAUGUUUUCA